AUGCCCAUGGCCUGGGUGAGACAACACCAGUUACACACACAAUCGCCUGCAUCCCAUUCUCCCAAAUUCAAGCCCCUCAACCUCACACCACCCACUCGCCCCCAAAAAAUCUCGAUGAACCCAAACCAUCGACCGGCCGCAAUUCGGCCCCUUGGCUGCGUUUCGCAGGAUGCGCACUUGCCGAGCUGGACCACGCUGUCGGUCCCGAGGAAAGCAAAGCCAAUGAUUCAGAUCCGUUUUAUACUUGGGCUAUCGACUGGGUACAGUGUGUCGUUGGGAAUUAUACAUACACAUGUAGCCCUCGGCCCCCUAUCCCCAUCGCGUCCUCACUUAGCCCCCGGGCAAGAAAAGCAGCGCAGGGAGAAAAUAACGGGCAAUGUCGUCGUCGCGUCGUCUUUUUGUCUUGGUCGAGAGUCGCGACGAUGCUUUGUUUUCGGGCGCCAGACUGCGGUUUGCCUUGGAAAGCUUGCUGUUCCUUCUUGCCUACCUAUUCGAGCAACGCUGGCAAGUAACAUGCCAUCGAAACGACGUCUGAUUCGUCUCACGGCUGCAGUGGCGCGCAAGACAGAUAAUCACCCUGGCAAGUAA